AUGAUGGCAGAACUAAAUGAGUUGCCACUGUCGAUUGAGAAGUUCAAUGUUAGAUUGGAAGGAGGGGAGCCUAUGAUAGCUUUGGUUGGAGAAGAUGCGGUGGAGAAGAAGACGGAGAGCAGAGAAGAAGAAAGAAGGUUGUUUCCUGGAAGCAACGCGCUGUAUGGCUCACGUACAGUGUCAAAUGAGCAAGAGCUGUUGUAUCAGUGCCCGGGUGUAUUGUUAAAUGAGCACAGAUUCCCGCGUUUUCGUGAACAGACGAGGUACCAUUCAGAUGUAUGCAGAGGGAGCAAAUGCGGGGUGCAGUUUCACCAAAUCAACCAGGCUUAUGAUGUUGUAAUGUCCAAUUUGAGAGGAGAAUCCAAUGAAAUGGAAAUGGAAAUGUACGAAGCAUGCGAUGAUGAUGCAGGCAUCGACGAAGCAAUGAGGGGAAUGAAUGAUCCAGAUUGGGACCUGUGGGAAGAGUGGAUGGGAUGGGAAGGAGCAGGAAUUCGUGAUUAUUCAUCUCACAUUAAUCCUUACAUUUGA